AAAUAUUCAAAGCAAAUUAGUCUGGAUGUUUGGCAGAUGAGGACCCCGUCUGCAGGCAGCUGGAGUGAGGGGUGUGGCUAACUGCUGGUGAGUGCGCAUCAGGUAUCCAUCCCACACUAUAUAACCCUGUGAACCGGGAGGACAGCAACAAGGCAGGCGCACCACCGGAGUGACUACAGCAACAGACAGCUGUCAAAAAAUGGCCAGCACCCUGAGGUCGUGGAUGAUGCUUGCAGCGCUCGUCGUCUGCCUGCUGCUGUGUUGGAGCAGCUUCGCGGACGCCUACCCUCCCAAACCGGAGAGCCCCGGGAGCAACGCCUCGCCGGAAGACUGGGCCAGAUACCACGCAGCUGUCAGGCAUUAUGUCAACCUCAUCACCAGACAAAGGUAUGGGAAGAGGUCGACUCCCGAGCAGGCGGUGGCGUGGCUGCUGUUCGGGUCUGAUUCCGGCCAGGACACUGAACCACGUUUGGACUAUGGUGAUCAGUGGUAAAUGGGGCUCUGUUAACCCUUACCCCCACCCCCAAUCUUUUGAUUCACUAACAAUUUA